AAUCGCGCUUGCGUGACGAGGUCGCUUCUGGGAAAGCGCGCGCGCGGGACGCUUAUCUGUGGCGGCCGCGAGGAAAACCGCUCCGAGCACCAUGCGACGUGUCUCCCUGCUCCCCCUGCUCUGGCUCGCCACCGGCGCUGUCUCCGCACAAGAACAGCAUGGAGAGCGACGCACGUGGGGAGUGUACCUGACGGCCGCGUCGCAGAAGCAGAGCGGCAAGUACAGGCUCCUGGAGCUCAACUGGUACGGCCUACCCUCGCACCUUCAGGACGUCGCUUCCGUGCACCUCUUCAACACCGAUCCGCACGUGGCGGCGCACAACGUCAGCUGGAAUCCGCUCGAGUCGUACCGCGCCGCGGGCCGCGACGGACGACGCACGACGGCGGUGCCCUUCCCUCGCUUCAACUGGACCAGUCUGACGACGGACGAGUGUCUGGGCUUCUGGGCGGUCCUCUCGACUCCCGAGAGCCCCGUGGCCUCGACGUCCUGCCUGAGGGCGCGACCUCGCUGGAUGCGACAGCACUGCCGCGAGCUGGGCCACUUGCGCUUCGUCGACCUCUUCGUGCCGGGCACGCACAACUCCGCCAUGUACGACACCGCUUCGCCGGACCACGUGACCAUCUUCGACCACUUCCUGCUCAACCAGGAGGAGACCAUACUGAACCAGCUGCUGUACGGCAUCCGGUCGCUCGACCUGCGGGUCCAGGAGAGCCGCGGCGAGUUCUGGAUCACGCACGACCUCAUCAAGGGCCAGCUCACCGUGCGCGACGUGCUGCGGCAGGUGCGCCAGUUCGUCGAGGAGACCGGGGAGCCCGUGCUGCUGGACUUCCACCGCUUCACGACGGGAUUCCGGAAGCGAGAUCCGCAACCGCACGAGAACCACGUGCGCCUCGUGCAGCUCAUCACCGAAGAACUGAGAGGCCUGCUGCUGUUCCGCAACGCGACGAGGGUUCCCCUCGCCGACAUCCUGGACGGCUGUCGGGACAGCGCGUCCCUCGGCCCGAAGGUGCUGUUGUGCUACAACCACCCGUACCACGGCCCGGGCGUCGAGUUCACCGGCUUGGGCGUCAAGCACCUGUGGGCAAACACGAAGGACCUGUCGACGCUGCAAAGCUUCCUGGACGAAAAAGUGUGCGAGCCCACGUUCGGCACGCCCACGUCCGCCAUGGCGCAAACGACGGCGCAGCUGCCUUUUCUCAAGAGCAACCGCAAGAUGGCGCAGGAGGUCAACUUGCACGUGACGCGUUGGUUCAGGGAGAACUGGUGGCGCUGCGCCAACCUCGUGGCCACCGAUUUCUUUCUCGGCACCGACAUGAUAAACGUCGCCGUAGAGUCAAACUUACGCAGGGCUCGCGAUAGUUGACGAGCCCUUUGGCGCGUUAGGCGAACAUGUGCCUAGAGGGCCGUUUUGAGUUCUGACCUAAAGAGCGAAUUCCAAGAGAGUGAUCCGCGCGUCGGGUUUCCGGUUUCGCGAGGACAGCCGCUUCACUAUAAUUAUUAGUUGAAUGUACAGGACGCGAACUCCAAGGGAAAGCAUCUCUUCAAUAUAUUCCAGUGUACACAGCAGCUUAAUUUUGACCAGGCUCACGGCCUAGCCUUUCCACAAUAGAAGCGGAUCUGAAAUGCCCAUUCGGCUAACUCUCGUUUCUUUUUGUUUUCGUUAAAAUAAUGCUGAAGCCACAUUACAUCUUGAACGCCAAAAAGGUGUUUUUAACAGGGGGCGGGACCCUGUGUGGAUCGUCGUGUUAUAUUUGCAGUCGGCUCAAAGGUGAUGCUGAUCGACCUUUCCGGCAGCUGUAACAAAAGUUUAAAGAAAGGGAAAGCGAGCACGUGUAGCCUUUUGUAAGCCAAAUGAAUGACCGGUAGCUUGUACAUAGACUGAACAAAAUAUACUAUAUAGGUCUACUACAGGCGUUAGCAAAGCACCCACAAGAUGCAAAUGCGAUAGUCAUCAACAUCGUUCUCAAAUAAAAAAUUAUGCGCA